AGGUGGCGAACUGUAGCUUCUUCUGCCAGAAUUCAGAGGAGAAGAAGAAGAAAGCUUUCAUGCUGCACACAGGUCAACUUGGCGUAUCUUGUGUUUUUGCCUCUGUGUUUUUCUGUCUGUCUGUUUGGUGAUUCCACUUCGAAUAAACUGCUUCCUCGGAUCAUCUUGUGUCUCAAAAUUGGAAUUUCAUAUAAAAUAAGUCAUGUUUAGAAGAAGAAUACCCUUCACACAGAUGGCCUUCGCCACACUGCUUGGAGUCGCAGGUGGUAUUUAUAUCUACAGACCGUAUUUUGAGCCGGUGCUGAAGACCUCAGGACAGCAAAACCAGGAUGUGCCAAAGCAACAGGAUGAAUCAGACUGAAGUAUUUCAUCACUCCCAGGAAAUACCAGAAGAACUAGAUCCGAGGCUGCUGAAGGCCAAAACAAAGACAAUGCCAGCAUGGAUAAAUUCAUGCAUCUUUGUAGUUCCUCAUAUGAUUAUUAAUGUACAAAAAUAAAAUAUUUAAUAAUUUGA